GUCCGUGUGAAGCAAAACAAACUGGUUAGCAUCGUUAGCAUUUUUAGCAUCAGCGGCUCCGAAAUGAAACCACCGCCAAACCAGGAGCUAAAACGGGACAAAUCAUCAAAUCGAGCGCACAACAUUCACACCAGAGGCUAAAACUGUUAAACUAAUGUCUGUGGGAUAGAAUCUACCGCUUCACCAUGAAUUUACGAGGACUUUUUCAGGACUUCAACCCCAGUAAGUUCCUGAUCUACUGCUGCCUGCUCCUGUUCUCGGUGCUGUUGGCCCUGAGGUUGGAUGGACUCAUUCAGUGGAGUUAUUGGGCUGUGUUCGCUCCCAUCUGGCUCUGGAAGCUCAUGGUGAUCAUCGGAGCGUCUGUGGGGACCGGAGUGUGGGCGCACAACCCUCAGUACAGGGCGGAGGGUGAGACGUGCGUGGAGUUUAAGGCGAUGCUGAUCGCCGUGGGCCUUCACGUGCUGCUGUUGAUGUUCGAGGUGCUGGUGUGUGAUCGAGUAGCACGCGGGUCGUACUUUUGGCUGCUCGUCUUUAUGCCGCUGUUCUUCGUGUCGCCGGUGUCUGUGGCCGCGUGCGUCUGGGGCUUCAGGCACGACCGCUCUUUAGAGCUGGAGGUCCUGUGCUCUGUGAACAUUCUCCAGUUCAUCUUUAUCGCUCUGAGACUCGACAGAAUCAUAAACUGGCCCUGGCUGGUGGUGUGCGUCCCCCUGUGGAUCCUCAUGUCCUUCUUGUGCCUGGUCGUCCUGUAUUACAUCAUCUGGUCCGUGCUGUUCCUGCGCUCCAUCGACAUCAUCGCCGAGCAACGCCGCACCCACAUCACCAUGGCGAUCAGCUGGAUGACCAUCGUCGUGCCCCUGCUCACCUUCGAGAUUCUGCUGGUUCACAAACUGGACGGACACAACAGCCUGAGUUACGUGUGUGUGUUUGUGCCUCUGUGGCUCUCUCUGCUCACUCUGAUGGCCACAACCUUCGGACAAAAGGGAGGAAAUCACUGGUGGUUCGGAAUACGUAAGGACUUCUGCCACUUCCUCCUGGAGCUCCUCCCGUUCCUCCGGGAGUACGGAAACGUGUCGUACGACCUCCAGCGCUCGCAGGAUCCCGAGACGCCCGACGACCUGCUCCCGUCCCGAGAAACGGCGCCCAAAAUCGCGCCCAUGUUCCACAAAAAGACGGGAGUCGUGAUCACGCAGAGCCCCGGGAAAUACUUUGUCCCACCGCCAAAACUCUGCAUCGACCUCCCAGACUGAAAACUGCAGACACGUCCGAGAACACAGGACCAGACAGACGUUUGGACGCUUUUUUCUUCAUAGUUUAUUUUACACUGUAGAGUCUCACUGAAGGCGUCAAAACUAUGAAUGGACACGUCUAGAAUGUAGUAAACAAAAAAUAAACACAAAAUAACUCAAACUUUGAAAACUGCUUUGCACUAAACGUAAAGAAAAAAAACAUUGAGCGAGAAACGUGUCCAAACUUUUCCCUGGUCCUGUUUUUUUUAUCAAAACGCGACAAUACGAAAGAAAUGUAUUUGUUUAUUAGUAGUUCAGUUCAAAAGUGAAACAGACUUGAGGAUUUUGUUAUUUUAAAUUGAGUAGGUGGUACUUUGCAGUCACGUUGGGGGUGUUCUGCACAUACGUCUAUGGCAGAAUGUACAGCACAUUGCCAAAAAGUUUUAAGAUCUGUCUGAAAACUCACGGAAAAAAUACAAAAUGGAGGCUGUGUUAUGGUCCUGUUGAGUUUGAUUUACAACAAAAACGUGUUGACUGCUAAACUGUUGGCUAACGCUAACGCUAGCUAGUUUGUGACUGCAUUUUUAAGUGUGAGGGACUUGUUUAUCCGCGCAAAUCGUCUCGCCUGUUGUCAUUUUUUACGGUCAGAUUGCGUUUAAAGAAAGCUAAAGUCUGAUUUAAGUAACGGAGCUUCAGACGUCAGACGGAGCAGUGCCUACAGUUAGCAUGACACCCCCAGGGAAUGUUGAUAACAGCUGCAAAGUAUCAAUACUCAACGGGAGAUUUGUUUUUGGAAGAAAUAUUUAAACAUCUGAUUCACAAAUGUUGAACUUUAUCGUUACUUGUUUGGGAUCGGCUCCACAAACUUUUAAUCUCACGGCAACAGUCACGUCUUUGGGGUUGAAUAAUGGCGCUUUUUCUUGGUACCCAAACGAUCAUUUUAAAAGCUCUUUUUUUUUUUUUUGACGAUAUUGUAAUUUUUAACACAAAACGAUAGGUCAAGGGUCGGCAAAAGUAUCGAAACUCGUAAACGCCCGUGGAUCACUAUGAACCUACUGGACACUGAGGGUAUUACACGCAGAUAAGACACAUGGGGAUAGAAAAAAGUACAAUUUAAGGUGGAAAAUCACAGUAUAUUGUCUAAAAAAAAGAGUGUUUUUAUCGUUAGCUUCGAAAUCCAGUUUGAACAAUCCCAAAGACACGACGACCGUAACCGCCAACUAUUCCGCUCCAUUAAAAACGACGAAUCCGAAGCUUUUGAAAUGAACUUCUACAGAUAAAUACGUUUUGUUUUUUUUCUCCAACUCGUCGAUGGAGCUCUGAAGUGGACUCAAAUAUGUGAAAGGACUGACUAAAGGCUGCUCUUGUGGCUGAACGCACCAAAUAUCGCUUUUCACUGUGUUGCCAACUUCCAACUUUUUGAGUUUUAUCGACUUUUUUAAAGAUGCAAAAAAAAAAGAAAAGAAAAAGUGUCUGGAUUUUUGGCUUUAUUUCAUCGGACGGGACCAUCGAGGUGGAGCCGAGGAGGAGACGGGAGGGAAAAAUAGCACUUUGUUUUGCUGUUUCACCCAUUUUUGUAUUUUUUUGUAAAUAUCAGUGACUUUUAUUUAGGGACCACUGUAGAAUAAAGAUGGAGAUUUUUUGCUUUGAGAAA